CGCUCGUGAGUCGUGAAUUCGUGAGUCUAAUGAAAAGUUGACGACGUGUAGAUCAGUUUAUUGAUGCUUAUUCGUCAGUUUUUAGUACCUAAAAAAAGUUUCAAUAGAACAAUAUCCGCCAUGGCUAAUCACUAUUCAACGUGGGUAGAAGCUAAAGCCAAGUAUCUGGAAGAAAACAUCGAAACCCGACGUGGAAAUUAUUUUUGCAAAAAUGCAUUCGUUAAGUUAGAAGACAUUCCAACUUGGGCAGAUGAGUCAAAAGAAGCUUCUUCAUCCACAUCAGUUGAAAAGAAUGGUUUACAGGCUAAUAGAGAUCUCAAUUCAAAAGUAUCAGUUUGGCAAGGAGAUAUAACUCAUUUAGAGGUUGGAGCAAUUGUAAAUGCAGCCAAUAGCAGGUUGGCUGGUGGAGGUGGAGUUGAUGGAGCUAUUCAUAAAGCAGCUGGCCCAUUCCUUCUCAGUGAAUGUAAAUCUAUUAAAAAUGGCUGUCCAACAGGUGAAGCAUUACUGACAGGAGGAUAUAAAUUACCUGCAAAAUAUGUCAUUCAAACUGUUGGCCCUAUGACUCAGGACCCUGCAUUGCUGUCGGCUUGUUAUUCUAAUAGCCUUAAACUUGCCAAUGAAAACAACCUAAAAUCAAUUGCAUUUCCAUGCAUUUCAACUGGGGUGUAUGGCUAUCCAAAUAGAGAUGCAGCUGAUGCAGCACUUUCAGAGGUGAGAAAGUUCCUUGAAUGUGAAGUAUCAUCGUUGGAAAGAGUUAUCUUCUGUGUAUUCUUAGAUCUGGAUUUAAAACUGUAUAAUGAAUUGUUGCCUAAAUAUUUCCCUUCUUGUGUUGACAUCACAAAAGUUGACUAAUCUUGAAAACUGUGAUACACUGGACAGCAUAUUAAGAAAAAUCUUAAAGUUGGAUUAUUAUUUCAAUAUCUUAUGUAUGUUACACAGGGUUAGAAGAAUAUUUUCACGAUUGCUUUAACACGUCUCUUGUACAUUUACCAUGCUUGGACUCCAUUGUCUGAAAUUUACAAUUAUUUGGAAGUUGUCGAAAGCUGAAGCAUUUCCACUUCUCCGCAGUUCGUACACACACCAGCAGGUACACCUUGUCCUAUUAU